CUGAACUACAGAGACUGACACUGAUUGUCUGCUUAUAUGAACGACACCCGGUUUAUACGCGGACUGCUUUGAUUACGAGAAAUGGGAGGAGCGUGCGAGAAACUGAGCUUCUACAUGACUGCGAGACGGUGGAAACACAGGGAAAGCCGCAGUCGAGGCGUGGGUGAUUGAAGAUCAUGGGAUAUGCUCUCUGCCAGUGAACUACAGCAGUCUGGAGCUUCAUCCCUUCAUCCCGGAGCGCGCGGGACGUCUGCUGCUGAACCUCACUGGACGAUACCACAGCACCGACGCUGAGAUCACCGAGUCCUCGUUUUAAGUUUAGAAAGAUGAGAGUGAAUUUUUCAGCUAGUUGGAUAUUUCAAGGAUGGAUCACACACUUCGUUCUCGCUCUGUACACGCAGACAGGACUGGCCAAAAGCUGCCAACAAAAUGAAUAUAGGCACAACGGGGAAUGUUGCAGAAAAUGUGAACCAGGGAAAUACGUUUUCACCCAUUGCGAUGACGGUUCGAGCACAACGUGCCGUGAUUGUGGCCCUGAACAGUACCAGCCAGACUGGAACAGUGAAAUGAAAUGUAUUCCUCAGAAUUACUGCGAUGAAGGUAAAGGAUUUAACAGAACUCGUCCUCACAACCCUGUAGCGCUCGAACCGUGUCGGUGCAAGCAGGGUUUCCACUGCUCUCAGAUCAACUGUGAAUACUGUGAGGCUAUCAAAAAAUGUCCUGCAGGAGAAGGAGUCGAAUUGGACGGGAUGGGUAGAGCUUCUUGUUCGUCUUGUCAGCCUGGAUAUUUCUCAGAUACCCUGUCAACAGAAGCCUGCAAGAAAUGGACAGAUUGUAAAGCUAUCGGCAAGACCGAGAAGCAGCCAGGAACCUCUAAAUCAGACGUGAUCUGUGGAGUCAAUUCUCCUGUUAUGACACCCUGGGUGGUGGUUGCCAUCCUCUCGGUUAUCAUCGUGGUAUCACUGGUUGUUCUCUUCUUGUUUUGCUGCAAGGAUAAGCUGAACUUCCUCUCAGUAAAUCUACGCACCUGCGUCCAAAACCUGAAAGGAAGUAGAAACCAACAGGAAACUCUGACUUCAUACCACGGUGGUAACGGUCCACAAACCCUCCCUCUGAUUUGCCAAGAACGAACCCCCCCAGAGUCCCUGAUCACGUGUCCCAGCACCCAGUUAACCAUUCUCGAUGAAACGUCGACUUGCACGGACCAAGAACAAGACCAGGACCGAGACGAAACCUCGUCGGGCAGCUCCAGCGAGGACUCCGGCGGUAGCUCUGCGUCUCCUCUGUCCGGGAGCUCCUGCAGCUGUGCGCUUUCCAUGAAGGAGCCCAUCGAGGUCGGAGAGAAUGAGGACUGCAGUCAGCUGGUGGCCACGGGUUCGGCCACAUGCAGCUCCUGCAGGCCGGGAGACGCCAUCGGAGAAAACGCGCAGGUCGUCGGCCUGAAAGAGCCUCUGCUGUGUGAGAGCUGCUCGUCGGACGUCCUGCUGGAUCUGCAGUGCUCCCAGGAACUCAAUCUGGACUACAGCAGCCCUGCGGGAAAAGAAGCCAUGUCAGAGAUGAGAGGCGUCCAAGGGGACAGAGGUCCGGUGGAAGGCCUGCACAGACAGAACGAACCUUGCUGCUGCAGCAUAGACUCCACCACCGUUCCUCCUCUCUCGUCGGUCAGCGCUAAUGACCAGGGCCUUUCGCUGAUCCACAGCGAUGACCACAAGCUGUCUGACCCCGACGCCGACUUCCAGAACCAAUGCUCAGAAUCGGCUCUCACAUCUGGUCAGGUGACAGGAAACAACAACACUACUUUUAUCUCCAGCGGGCAGGUGAUGAACUUCAGGGAAGUCAUCGUGGUGUACGUCAGUCAAACGUCGCUGGGAAGCGGCGGAGGAACAGAUGAACCCUUCAGCUGCCCGGUUCAGGAAGAAUCCAACGAAGACAGUUUUCAAAGCGAGCCAAAGUCUAACAUAACCACGACACCGCAGGCCAAGAGCAGGAACGGACACCUGGAGAAACACCUGCCCGUGCAGGAAAUGACCAACGACUGGUCCUGGCAGAAAUAAAACGCUGCAAACAUUUCUUUUACUUGACUGGAAUUGACUUUGCCUUCUUUUCAAAUGACAACUAUCGAUUGAUAAUAGGCCUACGACAGCCUUGUAUAGCAACUAGAGUGCUAUUUCAUGAAAAAUGCUAUGCAUUUGUUGACCUAUGUAUUUAUAUCAUAUAAAUUAGGUGCUUCUCGUCAGUUUUUGUCCGUCGGCUUCGAGAGGAUCUCGCUCUGAUAGAUCCGGUUACAGUAAAAGUCAAGAACAUUAACGCGGAAUGUCUCAUUUUCAGACAAUUUCUAUGUUGAGGAGCCAAAUAAAGAGCGGCUCGGUGCGACAAGAAGCCAAACUCAGGCCAAAGACGACGAAAACGCAGCCAGGCAAAGCACAAACACAUCCACCACAGCGAAAAAGCUCGGCGUUUUUCGUCGUCCCUUUCUCUCGGCCUUCUGAAACCUGAGCAAGCGCAUCGAACCUUGUGUCGAAAAACCAUUUUUGGACGACGGUUAAAAGUUAGCGUACGCGGAAUGAGAUGCGACGAUUGUUGAUUUGUGGUGUCUAUAUUUUUUAAAAAACGCGUUCAUUGUUCAUUUUCUUGUUGUUUAUUUAUCAUGAUGAUUUUGUGCCCGACAAGUCAGUCUGACUGGAGCAGAACGUAAUCACGAGCUUUAUUUUAUAUAUAUAUAUAUAUAUAUAUAUAUAUAUAUAUAUAUAUAUAUAUAUAUAUAUAUAUAUAUAUAUACAGUGAUUGAAAAUCGAUGUUCCCAUGACUAGUAGUGAUUUUUCUCCACCCAUUUACUGUAAAUAAAGCUUGUUUGUAUGAAACAAUUUCUUUCCCUUAAAUGAUGUAUGAGAAAGGUAUUUGGUUUAGAGAUAAGCAGUGUUUAUUGUUUGUG